AUGGCGGAGGACUGCGACAAAACUCCGGCCGCUGGGGGUGACGUCGAGAAGGCGGCCAGCAAAACGGCCAGUCCGGCCCCGCAGCAGAAGAACUCUGGCAGCAAGGGAGCGUCACCGAACAAGGCUGCCGGAAAAGGUGAACCCACCGAUGAUCAACCCUUCGUAGCGAAAGGAGAUAAAAUCGAUACAAAUCUGUACCUUUACUCGGAUGACAUUCAGGAACGUCCGCAUGUCACUACGCUCAUUUCGUCCCUGGCAAACUACUCGAAUACGAUCCCGGCGCCGACGGAUCCUGAUGCCAAACCAGCACCUGCCAGCGCCCGCAUGGGCACACUCAUCGGUGUCUAUCUGCCGUGCAUACAGAAUAUUUUCGGUGUCAUUUUAUUCAUCCGUUUAACCUGGGUUGUCGGCACGGCCGGAGCCAUAUGCGGGUUUUUAAUCGUAUUAUGCUGUUGCUGUGUGACCAUGUUGACUGCCAUUUCUAUGUCGGCCAUCGCCACGAACGGGGUGGUACCGGCGGGCGGCAGCUAUUUCAUGAUAUCGAGAUCGCUGGGGCCCGAAUUCGGUGGCGCUGUCGGGAUGUUGUUCUACACCGGAACAACUUUAGCGGCCGCUAUGUACAUCGUCGGUGCGGUGGAGAUCGUGCUGACCUACAUGGCGCCAUGGCUAUCGAUAUUCGGUGACUUCACCAAGGACGCGUCGGCGAUGUACAACAACUUCCGCGUCUACGGGACCGGGCUGCUGUGCGUGAUGGGUCUGAUCGUGUACGUUGGCGUGAAAUUCGUGAACAAGUUCGCCACCGUCGCGCUGGCUUGCGUCAUCUUCUCGAUCAUUGCGGUCUACGCUGGCAUUUUCGAUAACAUCGAUGGAAACGAUAAGCUAUUCCUGUGCGUGCUUGGAAAACGAUUGCUGAAGGACGUGGCCGUACCGAACUGCACCAAGGACGAGGGUGGCGUUCUGUGGAAUUACUUCUGCGCCGCCGGGGAAUGCGAUCCGUACUUCAAAGAGCAAAAUAUAUCGCUGGUCCGCGGCAUCAAGGGACUGAAGAGUGGCGUGUUCUUCGACAACUUGAUGCCAUCCUUCCUGAAGGAAGGACAGUACAUCGCGUACGGUUUGGACCCGGAGCACAUCGAGCCGCUGGACAACCCGAGCUACAACCAGGUGUACGCCGACCUUACGACUGCCUUCACGAUCCUGAUCGGUAUCUUCUUCCCUUCGGUAACGGGCAUCAUGGCCGGUUCAAACCGCUCGGGAGAUUUGGCGGACGCACAAAAAAGUAUUCCCAUCGGUACGAUCGGUGCCAUCCUGACGACCUCGACCGUGUAUCUAUCGUGCGUGAUGCUAUUCGCUGGCACCGUCGACAACCUGCUGCUACGAGACAAAUUCGGACAGUCCAUCGGUGGUAAGCUGGUCGUAGCGAAUAUGGCCUGGCCAAACCAGUGGGUCAUCCUGAUUGGGUCCUUCCUAUCGACGCUCGGUGCUGGGUUGCAGAGCUUGACCGGUGCACCACGCCUGCUGCAAGCCAUCGCUAAGGAUGGUAUCAUUCCGUUCCUCGAACCGUUUGCCGUUUCGUCGAGCCGUGGUGAACCUACGCGUGCCCUCAUCCUCACGCUGCUCAUCUGCCAGUGCGGUAUCCUGCUCGGUAACGUCGAUCUGCUCGCUCCACUGUUGUCCAUGUUCUUCCUGAUGUGUUACGGCUUCGUCAAUCUGGCCUGCGCCCUGCAGACGCUGCUUCGCACACCCAACUGGCGGCCUCGUUUCAAGUACUACCACUGGAGCCUAUCGCUGUUCGGUCUGACGCUGUGCAUCUCCAUCAUGUUCAUGACGUCGUGGUACUUCGCGCUGAUUGCUAUGGGAAUGGCGGUUCUGAUCUACAAGUACAUCGAAUAUCGCGGUGCCGAGAAAGAAUGGGGAGAUGGCAUCCGCGGUAUCGCUCUGUCUGCGGCUCGCUACUCGCUGUUGCGUCUCGAGGAAGGACCACCGCACACGAAGAACUGGCGCCCACAAAUCCUGAUGCUGGCUAAGCUGAACGACGACUUCAUGCCCAAGUAUCGCAAGCUGUUCUCGUUCGUCUCGCAGCUGAAGGCGGGCAAGGGUUUAGCCGUGGUUGUGUCCCUCAUACAUGGCGAUUUUACUAAACGCUCGGGUGAAGCGGCCGCUGCUAAGCAAGCUCUUCGCAAGGUCAUGGACGACGAGAAAGUGAAGGGCUUCUGCGACGUUCUGGUCGCCUCGAACAUCGCCGAUGGACUGUCGCAUGCGGUGCAAACUAUCGGCCUGGGAGGCAUGAAGCCGAACACGGUCAUCAUCGGAUGGCCCUACGGCUGGCGCCAAAGUGAAGACGAUCGCACCUGGCACGUGUUCCUGCAAACGGUGCGCCACGUUAGCGCCGCCCGGAUGGCUCUGCUCGUGCCGAAGGGCAUCAACUUCUUCCCGGCCAUCGGCGAUAAGAUUGCUGGCAACAUCGACAUCUGGUGGAUCGUGCACGAUGGAGGUCUGCUGAUGUUGCUGCCGUUCCUGCUGAAACAGCACCGCUCGUGGAAGAACUGCAAGAUGCGCAUCUUUACCGUCGCCCAGAUGGAAGACAACUCCAUCCAGAUUAAGAAGGAUCUCAAGAUGUUCCUGUACCAUCUGCGUAUCGAGGCGGAAGUGGAAGUUGUCGAAAUGAUGGAUAGCGAUAUCUCGGCGUAUACCUACGAACGGACGCUCAUGAUGGAGCAGCGCAACCAGAUGCUGAGAAAACUUCGAUUGAACAAACGCGAGAAGGAAAAUGUGGUGGAUAACAUGGUGGAGUUCUCUCAGGCCACCGCUAACGGAGAUGAUCGAACAGCCCUGGUGCAAGCCAUCGUCGAUCAUCACCACCACAAUGAAAACAAUACCAAGCCGGCGUCCAAGGUUCGAUUCGCAGAUCCAUCGGAGAACAAAGAGUCCGGAAACGACGAGGCUGACCGGGAGGAAAAGAAUGAGACUGAAUCCGAGAAGGACAAGGACACCAAAGAAGCCACCGAAAACGACAAGGAAGCGGACGGAACCGACAAGCUUGCCAACAACGUAUCCGUAUCCCCCGGCAAGGAUAAGAAGGCCGGUGGCGAUGCCUCCAAGGCGGCGGAUGAUGUAAAGUCAGCCUUUAAGCCGGACGAGGGCAACGUCAGACGGAUGCACACGGCUGUGAAACUGAACGAGGUUAUAGUGAAUAAAUCGCACGAUGCUCAACUGGUCAUACUCAACUUACCCGGCCCACCGAAGGAAACGUACAUGGAGCGGGAGAGUAACUAUAUGGAAUUCUUGGAGGUCCUUACCGAAGGACUCGAACGCGUGCUGAUGGUGCGAGGCGGCGGACGAGAAGUCAUCACGAUUUAUUCUUAA